GCCCCCACCAUGCAGAACAAAAAGCCCAAUCUCUGGACAUGAAAUACCAUCAAUCUCCACACCAGAAAGCUACACCCUCUUCCCAAGAAGCUCUAUAUAAGCCCUCUAUCCUGUUUAGUUUGCUGCUUUUUCAUAUUCAAACAGAGGCAGCCACACUCCUAAUUUUUUUCCAUCCCAAUCAAUCCCUUGUGUGAGGUUUGUUGUGCAGUGUGACUUUGUGGUAUUCUUUGGCUUCCAGCUGCCAGGAUACCUUUCCAUCCAAGCUGCAAUGCUUAUAACUUCCUCAGUCCUCAAGUUUACUUUCUGGAAUAGUUCAUCUUGGGAAAUUACACAUCUUCAGAUACAGACUUGACACUCUCAGCCUCCUCAAGAUACCUGAGAUUCACAUUUCAUCAGAACUUCAAGCUCAGAGAAAUUUGCCGUCACUCAAACUUCCAAAAAUCACUGCAAAGGUUAUUAACCGAUCCUGACACUUAACAUAACAGCCCUCAGAAGACUUUUGCAUUGAGCCUACCUGCCCCAACACCUUCUGUCCUCUGAGGUUCUCAGAUCUGAAAAACAACAGAGUUUAACAUUUCUCCAACCUUCUCUCCUUCUCAAGUGUCAAUCGGUAUAUUUUCCCAUGAACAUCACUAUGUAAUUAGUUCUAUAAUUCAAAUCCACUUAGCUUUCACUGAAGACCUGACAAGCCUAAUAAUAUCCUAAGCAUUACUGAGAUGAUUUUUCGAAGAAACACCAUCUUGGGGGGUUUCUAUGUAUCCCAGCUCUGUGUGGGUAUCAUAGGAAACUCGUUGCUCUUCAUGAUGUAUGUGUACAGCUUCUUAGUCAAAUCUCACUUUAGCAGACCUAUCGAUCCCAUUUUGAUGCACCUGAUGAUAGUCAAUGUGUUGACGAUCAUAUUUGCUAUGAUAUCACAUAUCAUGUCAUCCUUUGGAGUACCCAGGUUUCUAGAUGAUGUUGGUUGUAAGGCAGUUUUAUACCUAUUCAGAGUCACCCGGGGUCUGUCCAUCUGUACCACCUCUAUUCUAAGCGCAUUCCAAGCCAUCACCAUCAUGCCCAGUAAUUCUAAGUGGGCGUGGCUCAAGCCUAAACUCUCGACUUGGACUUUUUGUGCCUUCCUGUUAUCUUGGCUCAUCAACCUGUUCAUAUAUGCGCAAAUCGUGGAGACUGUGGCAGCAAAAAUCAAUUACACUGAUCUUGAUUAUGGAUAUUCUCAUGCUUACUGUAAAAUGAGACCACCUGAGUACCCCAAUCCAGGGUUGUUCCUGAGUCUUAUCAUAAUAGGAGACAUCGUCUUUCUGACCCUCAUGAUGUGGACCAGCCUCUACAUGGUGACUCUCCUUUACAGACACCGCAAGAGAGCCCAGCAUCUCCACAGCUCCAGCCUCUCCUGUCAGCCAUCUCCUGAACGCAAAGCCACUCACAGCAUCUUGUUGAUGGGGCUGGGAUGGAGAUGUAACCACUGGAGCUGGGCUCUCCCGACCUGUCGAUUACUACGUUGUGACCAGUUGUGGUUUUCUGUGAUGGUCUCCUAUUCAUCUGAGGCUUUGGAGUAAGAAAUGAAGAGAAAAGAAAACAUGUAUUUGCCUACCUGUGUCUGGUCACCCAUACUUUUGUAAUGAAUCCAAAUAAAACUUCUUUCUUCAAAUAAAACAUUUUCAACAAUCUGUCCUUGGCCAGAAUCCUUUGAUCUGUUAUGGCCUCCUCUAUGUGGAGUGAAUAGAUGUGUAGAUUUAUAUAACCCAAGUUAAGGUCAUUCGCAACAGCUGACA